AACCACUUUUAUGAAAAAUUGUAUAUACUCUCCCUAUAUUAUAGUACGUACGUGUAUUUCAUAUGUACUGCGUAUAUUGGAAUUAAUCUGCAGGCUGUAACAAAAUUUCGGAUCUUCUUGCAGAGAGUGUAUAUGGUGGGGAAGGCGAACUCGGUGUUUGAAGAUCUCUCCGUAACGUUACGACAGCUCCGCAGUCGCCUGUUCCAGGAAAACUCUGUUCUCAAUUCACUUCCCCUCAAUUCUCUGAGUAGGAACAAUGAAGUUGAUCUGCUCUUUCUUUCUGAAUUGCAAGUGCUACGUGAUAUUUCAAGUUUGUUGUCUCGACAUAAGCAUCUAGCCAAGGAUCAUUCUCCUGAUUUAUAUUCGCUGGAGCUGGCAGGUUUAGAUGAAAUUGGGAAACAUUAUGGGGAAGAUUCUGAACAAUUCAGAGAUGCUUCCAAGAUCCUUGUUGAUGCUCUGCAAAAGUUCGCAGAUGACAUGUACAACCUUUAUGGCGGGAAUGCAGUGGUGGAGUUAGUGACCGUGCGGUCAUUUGACACAUCUCUCAUCAGGAAGACAAGGACUAUUCUUGAGGCAAAACAAGAGAAGAACCCAUCAAGCCCCUAUAACCUCGCAUAUAAGUAUAACCUUGAGUAUCCAGUGGUUUUCAACAUGGUACUUUGGAUAAUGAUCGCCUUGUCCUUGGCCGUGAUUAUCACCUCUUAUAAUAUCUGGAACAUGGAUCCUGGAUAUGACAGCAUUAUUUACAGGAUGACAAACCAGAAGAUUCGAAUGGAUUGAACUCUCCUCAUGCCAAACUUAGAAAAGGGGUUUGGAAAUUGGCUGUUUUGUUAAAUCUUUUAGUGUAGUUUAAAAGUAGAUGGUACACUUUAAAUUUAUAAAAAAAAAAAAAGCAAAUUUUGUUCUCCGUGUGCCUGUGAUGUUCUUUUAGAGUGAAUUAUAGUAUUGAUGUGAAUUGAUUUGUGUGUUGUAGAUUCCAUUUACUAUAAUUUCAUUCCAAUUAACAUUUGGAAAUGUGCACUGAAAUAAAUGUAAAACAUUUAGAAUAACUUGUGUUAUUUAUGUUGGGGAAAAUGCAUUGAAUUUAUUAGACAAACUUAGGAGUGCUUAACUUCCUUACACAGGAACAGGUGAAAAUGACAUUUGGGCUGUUCUAUACCAGGAACCGUUUGUAAAUGUCUUAAUUUGAUGUAAAUCUCUGAAACAGAAGGUAUUUAACUUCAAAUAGCCCAAAGUGGGCUAUUUGGGAGUACUUACAGUGACUGAGAUUGAGAACUGCAUCUGACUGACAGAGGGUGGCUGUUUUUUAACCUCUUCUGAAAGUUUGGUGAUCCAGAUCACCAGGUGGAUAUUAAAAAUACUACAUUGAUCUAAAAAGAAACUCGCUUUGUGGAGUUAAUAGAUAUCUGUAAUUACACACCCAAAAACCAAUUUUGGGGGGGGCGGACAUCUUGGGGCUUGACUAUUUUAUAGUCAACUUUCCUCCCUGUGUAAGUUACUAUUAAUGGUUUGUGGUACAACGUCAUUCUCUAGAAUAUUAAGUGGAAGUAGAUGCUCCCUACUUUUCAUGUGGAAGUGGACCAAUGUCUUUAUUAUAAAGUGACAAAUAAAGUUACUACUGAUUCCA